UAUAUGUAGAGGCAGAAGAUGGUUUUCCUGACAACUAAAGUAAUGCAAAGGACUGCACUCUUUGUGAUGUUUGGUGGUUUGGUUACUUCUCUCAUCACCACCUUCCUCCCUCUGUGGAAGACAAUGAACUCUGACCUGAACGAGGUGGAGAACUGGUACUCUGGGCUGUGGCAGACCUGCCUCUACACAGAGGAGGUGGGAAUUCAGUGUAAGGCCUACGAGUCCGUCCUGGGACUCCCCAUGGACCUGCAGAUCUCCAGGGUGCUCAUGUCAGUAUCUAUAGGUACAGGAGGUUUAGCUGUGUUGGCUGCUUUCCCCGGUCUGGAAGGGGUUGAGCUAUGUGUGGGGCAGCCUGGCCGGAAGAGAGGGUUCCUCAUCCUCGGUGGGGUGCUGUCCUGGGUGUCGGGCCUUACCACUCUGGCUCCUGUCUCUAUCGUGGCCUACACAACUGUGGUGGAAUUCUGGGACGAGGGUUUUCCUGAUGUGAUGCCACGCUGGGAAUAUGGAGAGGCAAUGUUCUCUGGAUGGUUUGGAGGUUUGGCUCUGGUCAUCGGAGGGACCCUGUUCUUUGUAGCUGUGUGCAUGGGGGACUAUGACCAGCGGCCAUCAAGCGUCCCAAACAGCCCGCAGGUGAAGCACAGGGCACGGUACUACCUGAAGACAGAGGUUUUAUAG